GUCUGCUGGUAAUGUUAUAAUGGAGGCAGGGUGAUGGUGGGGUUUGUGGUGUGGGGUGUUAGGUGGAUCAGCAGUUGGUCUGAUGCUCUGCUGAGGCUUUGGCAGGGCUAUGGCGCAAAUGAGCGAGUGCCUCAGAAGAAUCGUAGUGUGUGCUCUCGGACAGAGUAAGGGAUGGAAUCUAGAGAGUGCAGGAGCUGGAAACAGGAGGAUUUAGUGGCAGAGAAAGUGCAACUGAUUCAGGCAGUAACUUGGUUCUGGACUCACAAAUGCAUGACCCACUUGAUAGUGAUUGAAAACGUAGUCUGAGGAAAACUGGAGAAAGUAUGGGGCAGGUUUCCUUUUAUUAUUUUACAGUGGAGUGACCUUAAAAUUCCGGGUUCCAUUAAUCUGGAGAGAAGUGGGAUGUGAUAGAAGUUGAACAAGUAGAGACCAAAUUGUUGAAGAUGAAAACAAACCCUACAAAUGCUGGAAAUCUGAGAUUUAAAACAGAAAUUGCUGAUACUCAGCAGGUUGGGUAGCAUCUGUGAAAGGAGAAACAGUUAAUGUUUCGGGUCAGUAACAUUUUGUCAGACCAUUGUUAUUUAGUCUAUAAAUGAUUUUGGUAUUUGCACAACAUUGUUGCUGUGGUGCAGUUUUGCCAUCUUUUUCUUCUGGUCUUUUGAUCCCAGGAACACAAUUGGACAAUAGAUUAAUCAAGAAGUAAGGAAAUCCUAUUGUCAAGGCUUUUACUGCUUAAAGUUCCAACAUACAAAAUGUCCUCUGAAAAAAUAACUGUUACUGUUCGUCUGGUUCGUUCCUUUGAGCAUCGCAAUUUCAAACCAGUGGUCUACCAUGAUGUUAAUGUAAAUCAGUCUGUAAAGGAAUUCCUUGCCUUUCUCCAGAAUGAUAUAUCUUCAAAGCCUGGACUCCCCCCACCAUUUAAGAAGUACACCUAUGAUACAUUGAAGAUUAUUCACCAAGCACAUGGGGCAAAGACGAAUGAUCUUGUUGUAAGUUUGGAUAAUGAUGAUCAACUUUUACUAAAGGAAACCAGCACACUGAAAGAAGCAGGAGUGGCCCAUGAAACGGAGAUGGCUUAUUUUAAGAGAGAAGAUUAUGAAACUUACAAAAAGAACCCUGUAAUGAUCUGGUGACAAUAGUAAAAAUGAUUUAAUGACCAGAAUUACCACAUUCUGUGAACGUUUUGAGAACAGUGUAAUGGAGGAUCUUGUUCAAAUAAUGGAAUUUUUUUUCUUUCCUGUUUAAAUGUUAACUGUAAAAACAUGUUUUAAUUUGUGUGGUUUAUUAGUAUCACUCCACAAUAUUUCCACCAGUUGAGCAGUUGCUAUGUACACUUCUGUAAUAAGGAGACAUUUAGGAAGAUUUUCCAAAUGCUUGUUUGUUCACAGCCCAGUAUUGAGGGGGAUCAGAAUCCAGGAAGGUUUCAUACUUUCCAUUGGGAAAUGUGGGAUAGAACAAAAUAGCUGAACCAAAGUAAAUUUUUUGUACAUGGAUAUCAAAUUGUUAACAUUCUUUCAAAUAAGCAAAUUGUUUUAUUUGUGCCGAUAUAAAAUCAUCAGGUUGAGAUUUGCAGUAAGUUACUAAUAGCAUGCAGUGAACUGGAUAUUCUAAUGCAGAGAAGUUGUUUUCCUAAAGCAUUUUUCUUUGCACCAUCGCUAGUUGAGUUCCUGGCCCAUGGCUCCAGUUACCCAGGUUCAAUCCUGACCUCCAGUGCUGUCUGGAGUUUGCAAGUUUUCACUGUGACCCCAAGAGUUGCCUCCAUGCUCUCAUUUCCUCCUGCACCCCAAAGAUGUGUGGAUUGGUAGGUUAAUUGGCCACUGUAUACUGACCCAACCAUGUGGGUGAGUGUUAGCAUUUUUGAGAAACUUGGAAGAAUAAAAUGGGAUCAGUGUAAAUGAAUGUUUGAUGGUUAGUCUGUUUCCUUGCUAUUUGACUGACUCUUAAAUGCUUUAUGGCUGACGUGUUAUCUUUUGAAGUGUAUUGUUUAAUAAAGAUAAUGAUGGCAAA